AUGGUGUUUCAAUCUGCACCGGCUACACAGCUCGCUAAGCUGCUUCCGCCCAAAGACCCAUCCAAAGCACUGACGAUACGUGACAUCGAAACGAAAGACCGGCUGGAUGCAGGGUCCGCAGUUCUGCUAUUUCCUCCGGAUGGGAGAUUAAAAUGGACGUUCGGACGCAUGCUGUUGGCUGUCAGACUAUGGGUUAAGGACAGGUUCAGUCCUCUACCAGACAAGGGAGCCGACGAAGGAAGGGUGGAAAUACUGAUGAAUGCCCACAAUGAUGCUAUUGACAAGAUCAGAGCUCAGCAUGUUCAAAACGUAUGGUAUCUAGAGGUGGUGGCGGUCCACCCUUCGCUACAGUCCCGGGGCCUAGGCGCAAAGGUCAUGCAGUGGAUACUGGACUUCAUCGAGCAUGACGCCAUUAUGCUGGAGUGUACCUCUGAGAGCAACAUGAACUUCUACAAGAGGUUCGGCUUUCGUGUUGUGGAGGAAGUGUCCCUCGAGGAUGAAGACGGUGCGGUCAAAUGCUGGAUGAUGCUGCGCGAAGGCACACAAAAAGAGCAAUGA